AUGCAACUGGACUUUGAAGUUGCAGAGAUCGUGCUUGAAGCUGCAAUGAUGGAGGAGCAGACAAAUCGACUGCUUGAUCUCGUACAUCGAUCCGCCAGUGGCAAGGACAUAUUUAUGUUGCAAAGUCAUGAUGAGGUUCGCUCGCUGUGGGAAAUGGCUUCAGAAUGGUAUACACCAUUUGUUUGCUUCAUUGAUGAACCAUGGAUGGCUAACGCCUUCUGGAAUGCACAAUCUCAACUUCCAUCGGACGCAAAGCCGCUGGCAUUCAUUCUGUAUGCUGACAAAAGUAAAUUAUCUUCUUUUGGAACUGAAAAAGGCUAUCCGAUCAUUGCCCGCAUUGCAAACCUGCCUGUUCACAUUCACAAUGGUAAUACAGCCCUAGGAGGAGGUCGUGUCGUUGGUUGGUUGCCAAUUGUUCCCGAGGAUCAAAAACAUACAAAAAAGAAGAGCUUCAUUGACUUCAAAAAUGCGGUGUGGCACAAUUCCUUCUACCAGCUUCUCCAGUCAAUUGAGCUGCAUUCGAAAACUGGCUACUGGUUUGAAUGUGGGGAUCAGAUCCGACGCCGUCUCUGGCCCUUAAUACUGAUCUUAAGCGGAGAUUACGAAGAACAAUGUGUCAUGGCGUUGAUUCGCAGUGUGAAAGGCAAAUUUCCAUGUCUGGUCUGUCUAGUCCCUCAAGAUGAGCAGUCGGUCAAUUGUGUCUUUGUAUUGCGCACAAGUUGCAAUUCCCAACAGGUCCUUUGCACCAUGAGAGGAAAGCAUACAGAAAAGGAAAAGGAGGAAGCUCUAAAGGCUUAUUCAAACAUAUUUUGGAAAAUUUUUCUUGCAGAUGUUCAUCAGGCGCUUUCUAUUGAUCGCCUGCAUAUGAAUCACGAAGGACUAUGGGGGGACCAUUUGUGGAAGGACCUUUUAUUCUGGAUUUCUGAUCUUGGAUGGGACACUGCUACUAAACUCGAUGCAAAGUAUGUAAUCUUGCAUAAAUGCGACUUUGAUGCUCUUCCACAAUGGCCGAACUUGACACACUUUAAGACUGUCAUGUCAGUUGAUUUCAAUGAUGGCUCGCUUCAUGAGGACAUAUCAAAGCUAGUUCUAUUUACAGCACAGGACAUCCUUCAUCAAUCACAAUCUAAGCUAGGAUACCUGCUUCUACGUUGCAUCCACUACUAUAUCGAGUUUGAUAUCUACGCUUCAUUUGAAGUUCACACCAAGGAGACUAUUGCGGCUGGAAGGGCAGCCCUGAAUAAGUUCUCAGAUUUGAUGGAGGAAUACAUCCCCGAGUCACAGCCUGAAACGAGCAAAAAUUGGAACUUCCCGAAGAAACACAUGAUCACGCACGAUGUGGCUCCUCAGAUCCUGCGAUAUGACCAUUGGCUUCUGACAUCAACCUCUAUGCGGACCGAGCUUGAUGAGCUUGACAACUACAGUCGAAACGCUACUGACGACCCAGAGACAAAUGAAACUCUGAAUGAACUACUAGUGGAUCCUAUCGUCCAUGUGCACUUAAGUUCAAAGCAAGGCAGACAUUCUUUUUCAGACAUCAUGGACGCACACGGAACCGACAGAGCGUUUACCAACUUUUGGACAAAAUUAAAUGUCUUCCUGAACAUGUUCCUACUGCAGAAUGGCAUUCCCUUGCCAGAUGGUCCAGGAAGGGCCCUUCAUCUCCAAGCCGACGACGAGAUUAUAGAGUUCCAAUUCCUGCAGGUGAACUACAAGUCUAUGGUUGAUUGGUGCCUGCACCGAGACUUACUUCGGUGCAGCCCAAAAUUCUAUGGAUCACCGAGGUUCAAUUGCGUCAUCGUGAAAACUACAGACAAACCAUUCUUCACUCGCCUCGUGUACUUGUUUGGCUGCUCGAUUGGUGAUACUGAUCUUGCUCUGGCCCUCAUCCAUCCUUAUGAUGUCGGUAUUGGUGUUUGCCGAAGGCAGGAUGUUGAUUUGGGAUUGUGGCAUGUACAAGCCAAACCUCGCUCAUCGUCUGAGAUUAUUUCUGUCCGGUCUAUUAUUCGAGGUGCUGUGCUUGCCAGAGAUCCGGAAAUGGAUGGAGAUCACUUGGUUAUACACACUAUAGAUGCGGACAUGUUCCUUCGCAUCAAGUCUCUUCAAGCAUAA